AUGUCUGGCAAGGACGAGAUAGGGGUCUUCGGGGACCCAAUCCCCGAGCAUCACAAUGUGGAAUACGCCACCGACAAAGAGCACAUUCUGCCUCGUCGCAUCUUGGGCACUGCCGCCGAACGAGCUAGGCGCAAUCUGAAUGCUAAGCUGGCCAAUCCGCUGGCGGGCUAUAGCCAUGAGGAACUGCGGAAACAAGGCAUCAGCUUUGCCAUUACUCACCAGAUCGGCGACGAGGAGGAUAUCCGUGCUUUUGCCAUCGGCGCUGUCCUGGCCCAGACACCGGAGAAGGUCACCAAUCUUCCUGGCAUGACGGCGGAGGAACUGACUGCUUUGCAGAAGGAGUUCACUAGUCGUUGGUCGCAGCCAUGGACAAUGUACCUGGUGAUCAUCCUGUGCUCGCUUUCUGCUGCAGUUCAAGGAAUGGAUGAAACGGUUGUCAACGGCGCACAGAUAUUCUACAAGCAUCAGUUUGGGAUCAGUGGCAACGAUUCUCGGUCGAAUUGGCUGGUUGGCCUGGUGAACUCCGCUCCCUAUCUAUGCUGCGCCGUCAUCGGUUGCUGGCUGACGGUCCCGUUCAACGCCUGGUUUGGUCGGCGCGGCACCAUCUUCAUUACCUGUUGCUUUUCUGCACUGGCCUGUCUUUGGCAAGGAUUCGUGAACACCUGGUGGCACAUGUUCAUUUCGCGGUUCGCACUGGGCUUCGGCAUCGGUCCCAAGUCUGCCACCGUCCCCGUCUAUGCCGCCGAAACAGCUCCGCCAGCAAUUCGUGGUGCUUUGGUCAUGCAAUGGCAGAUGUGGACGGCGUUUGGCAUCAUGUUUGGCUACGCAGCCGACCUUGCCUUCUUCGAAGUACGGGAUCAGUCAGGAAUCGUCGGCUUGAACUGGCGCCUUAUGAUGGCAUCCGCCAUGUUUCCGGCCAUCCUGGUUUGCUGUUUCGUUUUCUCCUGUCCCGAGUCGCCGCGUUGGUAUAUGUCCCGGAAUCUUUAUGCCAAAGCGUACCAGUCCAUGUGUAGUCUACGGCCCACCAAGAUCCAGGCUGCCCGGGACAUGUACUAUAUGCACACCUUGCUGGAGGCGGAAAACUCCAUGAAGCUUGGUCAGAACAAAAUCCUGGAACUGAUCGCUGUGCCUCGUAAUCGACGGGCCUUGGUUGCCUCCGAGCUUGUCAUGUUUCUGCAACAGGUAUGUUCGCACAGAGUCAACGUGAUCGCCUACUACUCCUCCGAAAUCUUCCUCGAAACCACCAACCAGCGCAAUGCCCUAACCGCCUCCCUCGGCUGGGGUCUGAUCAACUGGCUCUUCGCCAUCCCCGCCGUCUACACGAUCGAUACCUUCGGCCGCCGCAACCUCCUCCUCACCACGUUCCCUCUCAUGGCCAUCGCCAUGUUCUUCACGGGCUUCAGCUUCUGGAUCCCCCAGGACACCCACAACGCCGCACGACUCGGCUGCAUCGCCCUCGGCACCUACCUCUUCGGCGUCGUCUACUCCACCGGCGAAGGCCCCGUCCCCUUCACCUACUCCGCCGAGGCCUACCCCCUGUACGUCCGAUCCUACGGCAUGGCGCUGGCCACUGCAACCACCUGGCUCUUCAACUGGCUCCUGGCCAUCACCUGGCCGUCCCUGCGCAACGCGUUCACCCCGCAGGGCGCCUUCAGCUGGUACGCCGGAUGGAAUAUCGUCGGCUGGUGGCUCAUCCUGAUGCUGCUGCCCGAAACGAAGGGCAAGACGCUCGAGGAGCUCGAUCAGGUGUUCUCCGUCUCGACGCAUUUCCACGCUGCGUAUGGACUCCGUCAGAUUCCAUACUUUGUUAAGAGGUAUCUGUUAAGGAAGCCCGUGCAGCCGGAGGUCUUGUAUGAAAGGGAAGAUCCGUCGGCGGUGCCCCCGGAGGCGGGAUUUAAUACUCUGUAA